AUGCCUAUCAUUCAAUCCUGUUGCUGUUGGAGGAGCCUCCGUCGAGGAUGUUAUGCUUCGGCGAUCUAUACAAUGGUCUAUUUCGCCAUAACCAUCAUAACUAUGGGCCAUUUUAUAGACGUUGAGCACCGCUACUUAAGCGGCGAAAUGACCGAGCCGGAAUCAGAAAGCUUUUUGGAACCCGACAAGAUCACUCCAAUAACUGUUUCUCUGAAUAUCACUCUCUUGGCGUGCAGCACUAUGGGACUGGUCUCGUGCGUCAUGAUGGUCAUUGGUGUUUACAAGGAUAUCAAGUACUUGCUGUUGCCAUGGAUUGUGGCAAUGGGUCUAGAGACCCUCGUGGAAGUCAUAAAUCUGAUUUACCUGUUCUACUUACAAACCCUCAACUUUAAUCCCAUAACUUCGUUCCUGUUCACACUGGACUUCUUCCUCAUCGUGCUGAAUAUCUACGCAAUGGUUUGCGUGAUUUCACAGUUUCAAGAGUACAUGCACGGUCGUGGAACUGCCGCCUUUGACUACUCUGACAGGCUCGCCACGGUUCAAUACACCGCAACCGCUCAACACACUACCACCACCAGUUCAGCACCCAGUGGCCGUCGUCGAUCUGCUGGAAGACCCAUGGCAAGCCGCUGCGAUCCGGAGGAAUUCUCGGAGGCCCCCACAAAGGCUAUUACUUCCGUACUUUCGAAAUCUUCUCGCUCAGCAGUAAAAAAACACGUACAGUUCCCGGAUGAACAAAGUUGCAUUGAGGAAGCCACAGAAAUGCCGUCAAACGAGGAAAAGACUGAGGCACGUGUGAUCAGCUCGUUGUGGAUGGAACUGGAGUCCGAGACGCCCGUGCCGGAGCGC